AUGCCAGCAACGGUACCACCACCACCACCAACAGUAACAUCAGUAACAGCAGUAGCAGAAGCAGAAGCAACGAUAGCAGCAAUAGCAGUAGCAAGAGUGAAGACAGCGGCAGCAGCAGAAGCAGCAGCACCGGUGCCACUUCCUACUCCUACUCCUAAUCCAGAGUUUGAUCCACCAGAUGGUUUUGCGGUAGUUGGGGCAGCAGUAGCUGAUGGGGCUGAACUAGGGGCAGCAGAGCCGGGUUUGCUUCCUCCUACAUUUACUCCUACUCCUACUCCUAGUCCUACUCCUACUCCUAAUCCAGAGUUUGAUCCACCAGAUGGUUUUGCGGUAGUUGGGGCAGCAGUAGCUGAUGGUGCUGAACUAGGGGCGGCAGAGCCGGGUUUGCUACCUCCUGCAUUUACUCCUACGCCUACUCCUACUCCUACUCCUACUCCUAAUCCGGAGUUCGAUCCACCAGAUGGUGCUGGUUUUGCAGUUGUCUGGGCACUUGAUCCACUACCUAAUCCACUGAUUCCAGAACCAAUUGCUCCUACACCUUUACCUAUUGCUCCUAGUCCUGAACUUAUUCCGUUGCCUAUUCCUUUACCUACUGCUCCAAUACCUUGA